AUGUCUGGCUUUUUCUGGUACGACUACCUCAUAUUUUUCAUAGUACUAGCCAUUAGUUCCGGUACUGGAAUUUACUAUGGCUGCUUUGGAAGUAAGCAAAAAACAGUUAAAGAGUACCUUUUGGGCGGCAAAAAAAUGACUCCUCUACCAAUCGCAAUUUCGGUAGCUGUGAGUCACUUUUCUGCAAUCACUAUAAUGGGAGUACCAACCGAAGUUUACAAAUUUGGAGCAUAUUUCGUCUACACUAUGAUUAGUUUUGUAUUGCUGGGAAUUACAUCUAUUUCUGUAUUUUUCCCCGUUUUUUUCAAACUGCAAGUUACCAGCAUUUAUGAAUAUCUAGAGAAACGCUUCGACAAUAAAACCAAAGUUCUUGUGUCAUUUUUCUUUAUUGUGUCGGAGGUUUCUAACAUGGCGAUUGGUACUUAUGCACCCUCUCUGGCACUCUCAGCGGUUACUGGCUUUCGUCUUUAUUACAUAAUUAUUUGUGUGUUUGGUACUUGUAUUUUCUACACUACAAUCGGGGGACUAAAAACUGUCGUAUGGACUGAUAUUUUCCAAAUUGGAAUUAUUUUAUUAUCUCUACUUAUGAUUUGUGUAAUCGGUUUAAAUACCACUGGA